CGCCAUAAAAUCAAAAGAAGAAGACGUCAACUAUUGAUUGGGCACGUGUGUUUGUGUACCUUAGCGGGAAAUGAGAUCACCUUCACUAAUAUGAUCAGACAGGACUCUGGGAGUGAAGUGCCUUUAUUCUGUGAGGAUGAAAUCAAAUCAAACAUCAAACACCCUCUGGCCUGCUUCUUUCAUCUCUUCUUCCGCACAAGUGCCAUCCUCCUCUACCUCUUUUGUGAGGUAUUCAGCCGACGGUUCAUCGUCAUCAGCAUGGUCACUAUUGUUGUAAUUUUGUCAUGUGAUUUCUGGACAGUAAAGAAUGUGACAGGGCGGCUGCUGGUGGGUUUGAGGUGGUGUAAUCAGAUUCAAGCAAAUGGACUCAGUCACUGGAUCUUUGAAUCCAGACCUGACACCAAUAGAAAUGUUGUGUCAAACUCGGAGUCACAGAUUUUCUGGUUUGGUUUAACUGUGUUUCCACUCUUUUGGGUUUUCUUCGUGUUUAGUUGUCUCUUCGCCUUCAACAUUAAGUGGUUGGUGCUUGUGGUUUUGGGAGCAGUCCUGCAGUUGGCUAACUUGUAUGCGUAUGUGCGAUGCAAAAUGGGUGGUGGAAGUAAACUAAAGAAAAUAGCAACCAAUUACUUUGGCCUUAAGCUCUUAAAAAAGACUGAAGUAAACAAGCCAGAGGAGCUGUGAUUGGACUCUAAAGCUGGACAGAAGUGUUGUUUCAUAAUUCGCAACGUUGAGCCGGACACUGCCAAUCUAGUAAUUGUUUUUGUUACUUGUCUUUCUUUGUCGUACAGUUUAUGACAAUAAUAUCCGUAUAAAAAAGAAGAAUCCAUAAAAUCUUUUUAAAACAAUA